UCUCAUGCUUUUUUUUUUUGGGAGCUCAGCCGCCGGGGGAAUGUUGUGCGGUGUCCACAAAGCCGAAAAUCUACAAGAUCAUGCUCGACCUGCGUACCAUUUCCCGGCACGAGCAUACUCAACAAAUUUUCGAUGCAGCUCACAGCACCCCUCCUGCCCGACACCGCCCCAUCGCCGCCCGAGCACGACGGCACACUCUCGCCGUCCUCUCACGUGGCGCACACACCAUCUUCUGCAAUACUACGAUGCUGGUCCCCGUCCGGCCAGCUGUGCAUCUUGUGCCGGGUUGAGCGGGAAGUUGCUUGGACCAUUAGCCCUGAACGACGGACACGGAAUACCGCCACGUAGGAGAAGCUCAGGGAUCUUUGGGACCCGAACGUGGAGAGCAUGUCGAAUGCCGCGGCGCUGGAUAGGGCUGAGCUGAGUUCGGUCGAAGCAGGCGUUUUGCUCUGACAGAAGUCGGAAUACGAGCGAGUCUCACUCGUCGAGAACGAAAACGAGGAUUGGUAUCUACGAUCCCUCGCUGCUAGGCGAGCGGUCGAGGAUACAUAACUGAUACGGCGGAUAGAUGUGGGAAGCAUACAGUAUCCGGCGCUCGUUCAAGCGCGGAGGCCACCAACCGGGCUACAUCGAGAACACUGACGUUCUACACCUCGAGUUCGGACAGGGUACUUGAAAUUCUUACAUCUUGUGAGUGCUACCGACGUAUAUACGUGCUGUACAGCC